AUGCCGUCGCUUAAUUUCAGCAUAAUCGUUUCGGCCCUUGCCGGCCUGGCGUUCUCUAACCCUCACGGCCGACACUCGGGCUCACGUCAGAAUGCUGAUUCGUCUAGGAGCCCCUUAGUGGACCUUGCUAACGGGACAUACUACGGCUUACACAACGAGUACUAUGACCAGGACUUCUUCUUGGGUAUACCGUAUGCUCAACCUCCUACUGGCUCUCUUCGAUUCGCACCACCCCAAGCACUUACAACAUCGUUUGCUGAACCUCGAAAUGCAACCGAGUACAGUUUGAUGUGUAUCGGCUAUGGUUCGGAUACUUUGAACCUGGGAAAUCCUGUCUCUGAGGACUGCUUGACCAUUAAUGUUGUCCGUCCAGCUGGAACACAACCCGGUGACGACCUCCCUGUGGGCAUCUGGGUCCACGGCGGCAGCUACGUCAACGGCGGGUCACGCGACCCGAGGUACAAUCUUACGUAUAUUGUUGACCAAUCCGUCAAGGAGGGCAAGCCGAUUGUAGCUGCCUCAAUCAACUAUCGAUUGUCUUACUGGGGAUUCCUGUUCGGCGAGGAAUUGCAGGAGGCUGGUGCUGGCAACAUUGCCUUCAGAGAUCAGCGCUUGGCGCUGAGGUGGCUUCAGGAGAAUGUCGCAGCUUUCGGCGGUUCGCCUCAGAAGGUGACUAUUUGGGGAGAGUCGGCCGGUGCUCGAUCUCUAGGCAUGCAGCUCGUGGCUUACGACGGAAACCACAACGACCUGUUUCGAAGUGCCAUCCUCGAGAGUGGAAGUCCUGUCGCCAAGUUUGCCAACGCUACGAAUUGGCAAACCUAUUUUGACGCUCUCGUCGAGAAGACAGGAUGCACUAACGCCACUGACCGAUUGAGCUGCUUGAGAGAGCUACCAGUGAAGACACUCAAUGACAUCUUCAACGGUACAACUCCUCUGGGGGUCACAUCCCCUACGCUCAGCGCUGUUGUUGAUGGCGAUUUCAUCACAGCUCAAGGAGCCGAGCUUUUGCGUGACGGCAAAUUUGCCCAUGUUCCACUCCUACUUGGCAACAACUUUGACGAGGGUACUGGAUACGCGAAGCAAGGCAUCAACACCACGGCGCAAUUCCAAGCGUACUUGACAGGCUUAGGAUUUGACAGCAACCAAGUGGCGACUCUUACCGAGCUGUACCCUGACGAUCCAGCUGUUGGCAUUCCCGGAUUUUACAAUGCCACGCCUCCGGCCUAUCCCUAUGGCCUGCAGUUCAAGAGAGUAUCGGCUGUUGCUGGAGACUAUCAACAGCACAGUGGAAGAAGACUUACAGCAGAAUCUUAUGCUGGUGCUAAUCUGCCCGUCUACUCGUACAUGUGGAAUGUCCACGUGAACGGAAUAGCACAAAUCUACGGAGCUACGCAUUUCCAAGAGGUUGCUUUUGUUUUCGACAAUACUCAGGGUCUUGGGUAUGCGAGCAAUCCGUUUGAUAACAAGCCCGAGACUUUCGUGGAGCUAGCCGAUCUAAUGAGCAAGCAAUGGGUGGCAUUCAUAAACGAAUUGAACCCGAACCUCAACGAUUCUGCCCAAAGCCUUGUGUGGCCUCAGUACACAGUUGAUCAACCGGAUAAUUUCAUCUUUGACGUUAACCAAACGGGUCUGGCGUACGUUGCGAAAGACGACUAUCGGUCGACGGAGAUUACUUACCUCCUCGAAAAUAUUUUUAUCUAA